GCCGCGGACUGGUCACUGACUUUGUGGCUGUUAUUAAACACACCUGUGGAGAAAGAGAGAGCCCAGAGCCAGCAGUGGCAGCCCGGCCUGUCCGGCUGCCUGUUUUUCUGUCUGCUUGGACCACCGCUCCGCCUUCCGUGGAGCAACAUCUGAACACAGCUGAAUGGAGCGUUUCUAGUCUGAAGCCACUUUUUUUCACGCCUGAGUGUCUGCACAAUUUUUUCUUGUCCUCCCACAAAGAUGAAAAUGAUUGUAUCUUUUUUUGUGGACUGACUCGGUUUCGGGUUUCAGUUGCUGAGCCGGGAAAGCUCUGCACAACGCCAGAAAAAGAGGGAUUAUUGUCAGGUUUUAAACUGCCAGACUUGUGGAAAGUCCAUCUCUGCAUCUCCAGAUGAUGUGGUCCUGUUGGCUUCAUCCAGCUGUGACCUCCAGCACUGACCUGGGGACGGUUUGCAACCGAGUGUGAAGCAGCCAGGGUAAGGGUCAGCACCUCCCAGUCUGAGGCCAUGGUUCUCUGUCGGAAAAAGCUGCUUUGUCCCCUCUGACCUGGGCGGGAGUUACUGCGUCAAGUGGAGGAGUUCAAGUAUCUUGGCGUCUUGUUCACAGGUGAUGGCCUGACAUUCUGCAGAAACCAGGGCUGGUGGAAGUGCUCACAUAUCUUGGCAGUUAUCAGAUACUUUCCACCUUGGCUGCUCUGGAAAUCUCUGAGCACAGUCUCCAGUUACUCUGCAGUGCAUCCAGACCACCAACACACACACACACACACACACACACACACACACACACACACACACACACACACACACGUCAUGAUGUUUGGGAUUGGCUCUGUGUCUGACUUCCUUCUGAGAGGCUGCAGGGACAGAUUCAGGCACAUCAGCCCACAGGCCUUCCUGCGUCUGUGCUCAUACUAACUGUUGGCAGCAUCGGUGUGGGUGUUGGUAAAGGACCCCCACCCCCCACCUCAGGCCCAGAAUGCCAGGAUGCCUGUUACUCAGGACAACGCCUUCAGGCUCCUCCCACUGCUGGAGGGCUGGCUCAGGGCUCAGACCACAAGACCAGACCAAGGCCACAACCAGAAUCAUGGCCACCACUACAAGACUGCAGAGCAGGACUCCUACCAGAAUGGGGAGAAUGACAGCGUCUGCAGCAGCGCCAGUGCUAACUGUGCUAACGACAGUGAUAUGUCCAUGUGCCUGGCUGCCAUCCAGAAGCUGGUGGAGUACAUCCAGCUCAACUUCACUGAGGCUGACAGAGCUCCAGCAGCCGAUCCCCCCUCAUCCAGGGAGGGUUUAGAUGUUGAGGUUUGUGCUGUUUGCCACUAUAAGUCUGAAGGGGACGCAGCCGAAUUUGGCCUCAGCUUUGGGAACAUACCUAUUUUUGGGGAUCCUGAGGGAAGGAAGAAAAGAAGCCAGAGGAGAAGGAGAAGGGACCAGGGGCCCAUCCUGGAUGUGGGCUGCAUCUGGGUGACGGAGGUCAGGAAGAAAAGCCCGGCUGCAUGCUGUGGGAAGAUCAAACUGCGGGAUGAACUGCUUUCACUCAAUGGGCAGCUGAUGGUGGGAGUGGAUGUCAGCGGAGCCAGUUACCUGGCUGACCAGUGCUGGAAUGGCGGCUGUAUCUACCUGAUAAUGCUGCGGCGAAUCAAGCGAAAGGCUCCACUCGCUCCAUGUAAUGGCACCGCCACUGUUUCUGUUGCUGAUGGGAUCGGCGGCUACACAGAACAGCAGUGUAGCGGUGCCUCCUCAGAGCCACCUGCCAGCCCGCUGCAAAAUGGGAAACGGACACGCAAGUUUGGCGUCAUAUCCCGGUCGUCCUUCAAUCGAGACAGCAAGGAUAGCAAAGAUAGCAGAGAUUCUGAAUCUCUGAGCAGUUACCAUGGCUGCAACUCUUUUGUCUCCAUUGAUGCAGAGGUCCUUCCUCCAGAAGCGGACACCAGCUCCAUCCUGUCAACAGAUGGAUCCACUAAGGAAAGUUCAGCAACAGACACCUUACCUCAUAUGAAACUUGUUCCUCAUCCCCCACACAACAGGGGGACUGCCACCUUACCUACGAAGUCUCACAGUCGGUUAUCCGAAUGCAAAGUGGAUUCACUCAGCAGCGAGACAUCAAGCCAGCCCAGGGAGGGAAGCCGCAUCUGGAAGAUGCACAUGGUGAAAAGCCAGGAGGGCCUAGGCAUCCAGAUCACCGGGGGCCGUGGCUCCAAGCGCUCCCCCCAUGGCAUCAUCAUAGCCCAUAUUGAAGAGGGGGGUGCCGCCCACAGGGAUGGUCGUCUUCGUGCUGGUGAUGAGCUGCUGAUGAUUAAUGGUCAGUCUCUGGUGGGUCUCUCUCACCAGGAGGCUGUGGCCAUCCUCCGUUCUGCUGCUGGCCUUGUCCAGCUAGUUGUCGCCAGCAGGGAGGAGUCAGAGGUGGAUUUCCAGCGCUUCCCGUCCACCAGCCUACCGGAUCUGUUCAGUACCUGCAGCUCUUCCUCUUCCUUGUCUCAGAUUGCUGCCUCACCCCCCCAGCAGGCCAGCAGCAGCCUCUCCUCCCACAUGCUGACUGACUUGGAUAAGCUGGAAGAACAAGGUUGGGGAGAGGCACCUAAAGGAUCCUGCCGCAGCCCAACACCCAUGAAACUCUGCAGCCGAUCCCAAGGUGGGGGCAGUCGACUGGAGUCAGUGGGCGAGGAUGAUGAGCUGAUGGUGGAGAAUGAUGAGACCAGCUGUGACAUGGUGGAGAAGCCGGCGCCUGGUCGACGAAAGCACUCCCUACCACAACAGCUUGACACUACUGGAGUGCGACAGGAAUAUCAAAUAAUUAAGAAAUCAGCUCGUUCCCUGAGCACUGUUCAAGUGGAGUCGCCAUGGCGACUGGCCCAGCCAUCCAUUAUCUCCAGUAUAGUCUUGAUGAAAGGCCAGGGCAAGGGCCUGGGCUUCAGUAUUGUCGGCGGGCAGGAUUCAGCACGUGGUCGGAUGGGGAUAUUUGUCAAGACCAUUUUUCCUAAUGGAGCUGCGGCAGCUGAUGGACGACUGAAAGAGGGAGAUGAAAUUCUGGAAGUGAAUGGAGAAUCUCUCCAAGGACUUACACACCAGCAGGCCAUCCAGACCUUCAAGCAACUAAAAAAGGGUGUGGUGACAGUGACUGUUCGGACCCGCCUCCGCAGCCCUAGCUUGACACCUUGUCCAACCCCCACACUCCUGAGCCGCUCCAGCUCACCCAACUCCAACACUAGUGGGGGAACACCAGUACCAGCAGGAUUCGAAGAUGUUGAUGGCCGCAGAGGCCCAGGUCCUGGUCCCAAAGAUUGCAUCAUCAUGGAGGUCACCCUUAACAAAGAGCCUGGUGUUGGGCUGGGCAUUGGAGCCUGCUGUCUGACCCUGGAGAACUCAGCUCCUGGCAUCUACAUCCACAGCCUGGCACCAGGAUCUGUGGCCAAGAUGGAUGGCAGGCUCAGUCGUGGAGAUCAGGUAUUGGAGGUGGACUCGGUCAGUCUUCGUCAUGCCGCUCUGAGUGAAGCUUAUGCCAUCCUCAGUGAAUGUGGCCCUGGACCAGUUAGCCUUAUUAUAAGCAGACACCCCAACCCCAAGGUAUCAGAGCAGGAGAUGGACCGUGUUAUAGCUCGAUCCACACACAGGGACAGUAUGAGCAAAGAUGGACACUCAUCUAACACUCUAGGUCUUCCCUCAAAGAGUCCCUCCCCAACAGUAAAGGCCAAGCUGGGAGAGGGUUCCCCUGGUCUCAGCUGGACCAUGAAGAGGUUCCUUGAGCCUGCCAGUAGACAAGGGUCCCUGAGCUCAGAGACAGAGCUGUCUCAGUACUUCUCCCAGGACACUACAAGCCAUUCAUCCCUGUCUGAAUCCAUGUUGAUGGACUCUACCGGUGAUGACAUGUUCCACCUGAGGAGCUGCAGUACCUUAGUGGAUGACCCUUCCUCACAGCCACAUGGAGCAGAGGCUGGCCUUAUGUACCACGUAACACAAGGCAAGACAUCUGACCCUCUGGAGCACAAUGUGGAGGCAGUGUGCCAGCCCGGUGUCGGCAGCAGCCCCACCUCAGUUCGGAGCCCACUUCUCCGCCAGCGGCGAGUGAUGUGCUACGAGGAUGAGACCAGCAACGAUGACGAAGAUACUGAUGACACUGAAAGCACCGCGCCUUUCUGCAGGCCAGCCAAUUCCAGGACUGUUUCCUCCAGUGAUGCCCGGGCAUCCCAGUUACCUGAAAAUGACUCCGGAAUUGUAAUUGGUACAUCACUGGAAGUAGAUGAAGAUAGCCAAGACAGCAGAAAUUUGCAGAGGGACAGAAGUAGUGAUGUGGCCACACUACUCUACAGUAGCUUGCUGGAGUCCGAGGAAAGUGCCACCAUAAAUUCAGGUUCUGAGUCACCCUUCAUGCCCAUUCGCUGCCCCUUAAACCGCGAGGCAGGGGUGGCAGCCAGCACGACCUCUGGGUCUAAUAAUUUGGCCAUCAAGAAGGACAUGAAUCGAGAUGGUGGACAAACUGAAUCGAAGCGCUCCCCCAAGCUAGAACACAAAGCGGUAACACGGGUCAAAAGCAUGAUGAGCGUUGAAGCGCCCAACGUUCCUCAGCAGCUGAAGCACAAAGGUGAUGAGGCCUCUCCGGGUUUGGCCUCAUUCCAACCACCAUCCCAACCAGCACAGUGUGGAGGAAUGCUCCCCAGGACCUCAGGUUGGCUGGUACCUCAUCCCCACUGCAGGAAGGGGGAACCGAGUGAAUUGGCAGGUGUUUGUACCAUUGACACAGUGACCUUGAGGAGAAGUGAGGAGGAGUCGUUCGGCCUUGACCUGGAAAUCAAAUCAUCCCCUCUGAAAGUAGUCAUCACUGGGUUAAGGCCUGGAGGGGCUGCAGAAAGGGAAUCUGAAGGCAAACUGAGUAUUGGAGAUGAGAUUGUGGCAAUUGGAGAUAAACAGGUGUGCUCAUCCAGUUACCAGGAGAUCUGUGAACUGAUGCACAACCUUCCUCUGAUGCUCUCCUUAGAGGUCAAGAGGCCAGUUUCAGCUGUAGAUCGGCUAUCCAGUUUGAUAACAUCAUCGAUGGGCUAUGAUGGAGCCCCCAGCGUGGACCCACCCACAUCCCUUCAGGAGGCAGCUAAUGAAAAACAAAUAAGUGUAAAUACAGGAAAUUCCCUGCCACAGACAAGCUACCUCCCCACAACCCCAACAAACCAUGACUCUCAAAUACCUGUCACCAAUAUAGAUGAUUUUAUAUUAGACCAGAACUUCUGCAGUGAUAACUAUAAACCUUCCCACUCCCCCGCCAAAGCAUCAAGUGAUGAGAGUGCACCAUGCUGCUCAAGCCAACACAGUAUAACCAUGCUUGAGAAGGGUGGUGUUCCUAGUCUACUGGACUUUUCCAUCUUGAACACAGGAAAUAAUAAAGGUUGCCUCCUGUCUCUGGGGAAAACAUUCUUAAACAGCUACUCCAGAAACUUAAGCAAUCUCAGAGAUGACUGCUCUGCUUUUACCGAUGGAUCAAAUAAGGAAAGACCUGAUGCUGACUCUAAAUGUGCAUAUCAUGUGGUGGAUGACCGAGAAUCUGAGAGUGAUUCCACCACCAACAACAGUCACAUCGUUGAUAAAAUGGCCAGCUGUGAUGAAAAGUUCCAAGAACCACAUUCAGAUGAGGAAGAGGUGGAGAUCUGUUUCUCUGAACCCCAGCACUGUACUGUUCUGCACCAGUCUCAGCUCAGCCAGUCACUGAAUGGGCCAUUGCCUCCCCUGCAUUCCAAUGGCCAAAAUGCAAACAUGCCUGAGGCCUUUGAAGUGUUGCAGCAAUCGACUGUUAUUUCACUGGAAAACAAAAAUCCUUCUGUUGUAACAACUCACUGUCCACAGCUAUCCAAGCUAUCUCAGUUACCAGGUGCCUAUUUGAUAGGGGAAAAUAAAGCCAUCUCUAGUAAAGAACUAUGCCAGUCUUCCAAGGAUACAAUAUAUGUGCCUUUCACAGAGUCCUCAGAGUGCCCCAUUAGUAGUGCCAAUGGGCCAUGUGACAUAGUUGACACAUCUGUGGCAUGUGUAGGGGUUGAUAGAAGUCCCUUCUCUACACUCGAUACUAACAAUGUCACUCCACAGAGUCAGGAUAUGACUGCAAAAGUGCAUGCAAAUGCCUCUCAGACCUCAGGCUCAGUAAAAGACUUGAGUACACAAACACUUGGCCAUUCAACUUCAGUGGAAUCAAAGGCUUCCAAUUCAAGCAACAGUGUAUCAGGCACAAUAGUGUCACCAUCUAUAAUUAGAAGAGACAAGGAAAGAGAGAAAGUCCUGGAUUCUGGUUCAGUUACCAAUACCCCCAACAGCCCUUUACUUAGGGCCUCUGGCCCAAAAUUUCACAGUGGUUCAAGCUCUCCUGUGUUGAGGAGUAACUUUAGUAGUAAACUUCAGGAUAAAAGUCAAAACAGACCUUGUACUAGUGCUGUCAAACUGAAGGGCCUGAGCAUUAAGAGUAAAGACAAAACACAGGACCAGCUUUCUUUAAAACCCAGUAUAACUGAAACUUCAGUUUCCAAGACAGUCAGUUCUUCCCCAGUCCAGUCACCAAAACCACAAUCCAAGAAGGCAGCCACAUACAGCUGUUUGAAGACCAAUAAACAGCUUGAUAUGAACAAUGGCCUUGCUUCUCCCAAACUAAAUGAGAUAAAACAAGGUAGGGCUAAGUCCCAGUCUCAAACUGGUACAUUAGAGGCUGCACAACCUGCCAACAAGAAAAAGGAGGUCAUUUCAGGCCAAGGAAAGCAGGACUCCCAGGCAGUAACUGUACCACAGGGCCAACAAGAUCUACUUCCUACUCAGAGAACAUUCAUAGAGGUCCAGCUGUCAUCUUCAUCAUCAUCAUCACCUAAACCAGUUCUGGCAUGCAAAGAAACUGUGAAUACAAAGGACUCAAAUCCAACUCAAAGUUUAUUUUCCCAAAAUGACAUUAACAGAGGUGUAGGGGCAAAAUUAGAACCUAUGCUUGUAUCCUCCAGCUCUGUACUUAAACUAGAAAAUACAAAUAGUGUGGCUGGUAACAAAGAAGUUAAUUCAGCAUCUUCGAAAAAUGUAGCGCAUUCAACCACAAGCAGUGACUCUAAAAUCUGUACAACAGAGCCAAGUGAAAGCCCAAAGUCCAGCAGGUCUACACUGUAUACAAGAGCAAUGGAAAGGCAACGUUUCUCUAUAGACACUGCCUUGCCUGGGGAUCCCAACCCUUUCUCUGUCCGACAGAAGAUAAAAUCCUUUGAAAACUUGGCUAGUUUUGACAAGCCUGUGGUCAAAUGCAUCGACAUUCAGUCUUAUGCUCUGACAUGUAGGCCCCCACUGAACCAGAGGCUUUCUGGUUAUAUGGGCUUGGUUAACUCCCUUGACUGCCGUGCUCUGCGAAGGAGUUUCAGCUCAUGUGUGGAGAAUCUAAACCCUAUCACAACUCUCUCACCUUUUCAUGGCAAGUCUCCCUCUAGUAUUACACUGAUAAACUUUGACCUGCCACCUGCAAGCUGCAACACUACUCAGCUGACUGAGGACAAAGUUGCGAGUGAAGUUCCCAAAGUUUCUGAUGGAGCUGCCCCCCAGGCCUCUCCAGUGCUGCGGAGCAAACAUGCCAGAGGGAAUGCUAAACUUUCCCGCACUAGGCUGCGGGAGCUCAGGGCUCUCAGUAUGCCUGACCUAGAAAAACUAUGCACAGAGGACUUCUCCAGUGGAACAGGUACAGUCACAUAUCAAACUGAUGUGGGGAUGGAUCCUAUAAAGAUUAUGGAAGCCCCUGUAAGUGAGGGCUUUCCCCAGUCUGAAACCUCCAAAGGAGUGGAUGUGACCAGGGUGAGCCAAGGUGAUGCUGCAGCCAGUGAUGAUUCUCCUCAGGAAAUCCCGAGGACCCAAGGGCACCAACCAGGCUGGUCCAUCAGUUUAAAGGAGCUGGCUAUUUCUCCUGUGAACCAGAGCAAGCUGCAAGCAAUCCUGUCCACUCUGACAACCAAAUCAGAUGUGCUAGCCUUGCUUCAGGAGGCCAAGGCCCUCUCUGAGGUGAACGAUAAUACUCACUUUGUUGUCCUUACUAAAGAGGAAGGCUCUGGACUUGGUUUCAGCAUUGCUGGUGGAGUGGACCUUGAGCAAAAGUCAGUAACUGUUCAUCGGGUCUUCAACAAAGGUGUAGCUAGCCUUGAAGGCACUAUCCAGAGGGGGGACAGCAUUUUAUGCAUAAAUGGCACAACGUUGGAAGGCAAAACCCAUGGAGAGGCUUUAUCUUGCCUCCACCAAGCUAGGCUGUCGACCCAAGCUGUAGUAGUCAUCCGAAGAGGCAAGGACAGUGAACUAAAUGUCUCUGAAAGAAAUGACACAACUAGCCAGCCAAGGAGGGUCAUCUCUGCCAAGAAGUGUAUGGAGGUUGGAGCAGUGGUCAAUGUAGGUCCGGAUGGUGCUUUAACGGUGGCACUUCACAAGACUUCUGCUGGCCUGGGCUUCAGUCUGGAGGGGGGCAAAGCCUCAGCCCAUGGAGACAGGCCCCUAAAUAUCAAACGCAUCUUUAAAGGAGGAGCUGCAGAACUGUCCAGGGUCAUUGAGGUAGGUGAUGAGGUCCUGGCCAUCAACGGGCACUCUCUGGAGGGCCUAAUGCACUGUGAUGCCUGGAACAUCAUUAAAGCCGCUAAUGAAGGGCCCGUCCACCUUCUCAUCCGCAAGCCGAGGACCUCCGUGUAAUGAAGUCGGAGAGGAAAUCCUCUGGACACUGAGUAAAUCCAUACACCAUGCCAAAGCCAAGUCAUGGAAAAGAGCUGGUGAUAAGGAUGAUACAGACUUCCUCACUUUUUAUAGAUUUUCUUAUGGACUCCAUUUGAGAUCGUGAUGUUUUUACUCUCAAAAAUAAAUGGGAUUUGAGCACUACUGUUGGUGGUGUGCAAUGCAGAAUAAUAGUUGUGAGAGGAUUAUGGAGAGGUUGGCCUGACUGACUCUGGAAUUCUGAAGAUAAUCAUGCCAUCACCAGUCAUUUUUUUUUUAAAUACAGGUAAUGUGCAAAAAAAUAGAAAUAAUAAUAAAAAAAAAUCAAGUAUUACCAUUGUGGUCUUACCUUUGAUGUGAACUGUUUAGGUACAUAAUUUUGACAUGAACAACUGGUAAGACGUUAGUGUCAAUCAGACAGUGUUUCUGCCAAUUCCUGAACUUGGAAUUAAAAGCUCAGACUUCUUGAAUAUUGAAAUGUAAUUUAAGAACCAGUUAAGGUCAAGUAUUUCUGAAAACAAGACCGUACGUGACAGUUGUGCCAGACAAGUGGUAUGUCAAAUCUAUGAUUAAUUCUAAGCUCACAAAUUCUUGAUCUUAUUUAUAUCUCCAUUUAUCUAAGUCCAAACAUAAAUGCUUUUCUGAUGCCAUUUUCUGGCAUUCCAUUUGACCUGGAGUAGUACAUAUAAUGUAGUUUGACUGUACUUGAGAUGUCUGGUGAUGUUGCCCUACAAACUAAGGACUGAAGUCUGGAAGAGCUCUUAAGCCUGAGCAGUUCUACUUUUAGCCACAUUUAUUAACACCCAUAGAGUCAUUGCAUUAUCAUAGUAUAAUAAUUAACCACUCAUUUAAACGGUGUGCCACAAAUUCUUACAGUGCUAUCUAAUAAUUCAAAGUACUGUGCCAACAGAUGUCUUAAAAUACUGGAAUGGCUAAAAGGAAUGUAGAGGAAAAUGAUGCCUCUUUUCUACCGCAAAAUGACCAUUAUUUGAUUUCAAGAUGUGAACCAUAAUGUCUGCCAUCAUACACGGCUCUGGUCACUUUCAGUUUCACCCUUGACCACUGCAGACUUCAUGACAAUGUGGCUGUGUCUACUUCUUUUUUUUUUUUUUUUUUUUUUUACUUUUUUGAAAUAAUUUGUUGCUCAAAGUUUGCCCAUUAAUCACAUUAGUGGUAGCAUCCUUGUUUCAAACUUACAUCCCACUGUAAUACCUCCUCCUAUUUGGCAAAUCUUUUUAUUCAAGUACAUUAAUUAAGCAAUGACGGUGCUCACUUUUGAAGUUAUUUGACAAGAAAAUCUAAACCGGCAUCAGUUUAUUUCAAAGGAUUAAAGCAUUAAAGGCAGAAUGCAUCAUUUUAUUCUUUCCAAAAGAAUACUGAUCCAGGAAUAAUUACAAGCAUCUCCUGUGGCAGGGGUGAAUGAUAUGGUCAAAAAAGAGCAACUAUUUUGUCAGAUAUUGCAAUAUGAUGCACAAUAGUAGUGGGGAUGAUAGUUUUUGCAACAUAAUUUUCAAUUUGACUAAAACAAAAUGUAUAAAAAUAAUGUGAUUUUUGGCAGGGUCUGCACCAAACAAACUUUUGUAGGCCGGGUGUCUCUGUAGUACCACAGUACUGUAUUUAUAUUGAUAUUUGGUCACACCUAUCACAAAAAAAAGCAUAACCUGUGAUUUGGAUAUUGCACUUGGCCAUGUUGCAAUUUAAAUAAUAUGUCAAUGAACCAUUAAUCCCUAUCUCACUGUGUGAAGCACAACAGUUGAAGGCUUAACUGUAAAUACUAUUUUCUAUUGUGUACAUUUGACUGUUAAGUGUUAUCAUUUUUGUUUGAGAUAUGCAUUUAAUACCAGGUUACUGAAUGUCUCUUGUCUUUUCAUUAGUGUGUUCUGCUAAAUGACUGAUGUAAUGUAUCUGUGUAGAUGAGCUCACAGGCUAUUGUAUUAAGCACAGUAGCACACAAUCAGAGAAAUGCGUUGAAUGGAACAUUUUGCAAUAGUGGAAAAUAUUAAUUGCACAGCAAGAUGAUCUGAUGAUACAGAUAUCUAUGAUUUUAUGUACAAAAGUAAUCAAAAUGCUGUCUUAUGAAAUAUGAAAAAUCCAAGGCUGGUGUCACUUGUGAAACUCUUUCACCCGGCAUGGUUGUAUGCACUUAUGAGUUCCAUCAGUUACCCAUCAGUUACCCUGCGUAUCAGCCCCUGCAACAAACUGAGAACCUGUAUGCAGCGUGGUUGCAUCAGCUUGGAAGAAAUCACUUUUCAAGUUUUGUGGAUUAACAUUACUUUUAAAUAUUUGUGUAUUCCAGGUACUGUGAGCAACUGGAAAAGGAAGUUUGGUUAUUUGCCAUCUUGGAUAUAACUUAAUAUUAUGCCAAAGCUAAGAGAUUUAGUAAAAAAGUGUUGCUGCAUGUAGUUUUGAUUGAUGCGACUGGAUUGCAUGAAACCUUUCAGUUAAUUGAAGUGACACACAGAAAAUUCCAGCGAAACUCUGUUGCAUACAACCAAGUCAAGUGAAACAACUCAAUGUGUUACACCAGCCUGAGAAAUCAUUCAGGUUGGUUUGUGCACUUUUGAUUUCCAGGGGUAUAUUUUUCCAGUUUUUGUAUUUUUUACUUUCUUAGACGCAACCUUUUGAAUAAUAAGUAUACCGUUUUGAUACAAUUUGCAGUAUCACCAGGACCAGAGUCUUGCAGUUUACAAAAUGAGAGUUGAAUUCACAGGACCAGAUUUCAGCUCAAAUUUUGGAUAUAUUUUUUACAAAUUUAAAUCAAUAUUGUACAUAUUUCUAUCAUUAAAGCAUGUUACUGUUCUGUGUAAUUCA